GUCUAGUUGAUUUUAUUCGUGUUACAUUAUUACGUGUGGUGGCUCUUCGCAUUCGUCUACAACAAAUAUUAUGUUAUGAUCUUGAUAUUCCAGCCAAUGAAUUUUUAACACCUAUUGCGGAGUCAAUUCGAAAGCAGGCUCAAGAACAUUAUAAUAUAUUGGAGAGCAGUUUACCCCCAGAAGAUUCUCGA